CUUUUCAAGAUUUUGCCGAGAAACUUUGCUUUGACUCGAGAGUCCGCGAAUGAGUUCCGUCCCGAUCCGUUCCGCGAGUGCCUGAGUGUGUCGUCUGAGAGUGCAAGCGUUUAAUUAAACCUGAUCGAUCCGCAGUGAAAUUUAGCAUACUGCAAAGGCAACAAAGUGACAAUCAAGCGAGUGAAAUAUUUCAACAUCUUCGAUUCUGGCCAUAUUUGACUGUUGACCGUGUGUUCUGUGUUGUUCCUCCUGGGCUCGUCUGAGAAUGCCUGCCAAACUGAUAUCAUCGUCGUUCCACAGCACGCCCCUCAACGACUGCUUCAAAGUGGGCGCGUUUGAGAGACGUUUGGAUGCUCUCCUAGCUGAUCUGCAGAACAGUGUGCCGGGCCAACCCCAACAACCUCAGCCUCAGUAUGGCACUGUGCAGCCAAAGCAGCAACAGCAACAGCAGCAGUUUGUGGACAAUACACCCGGCUAUGGCAGCCUCAGGGGCAAGGCCCAGCCACAGGUGUACCAGGAGCACUAUAGCGUAGAGACGCGCUCCCCAACGGCGGGCGAUUUAAAUGGCUCCUUCUCCAUUCCGAGCAACGGCUACCCCAGCCAGGGCAGUGGCUCCCUGCCCCGCAAGCCCGCAGCCACGGCGGUGGGGCAGAACAGCACCGGAUUGUCGGAGCUGGACUCGUUGCUGCAGGAUCUGCAGAAUGCUCGCUACAACAACGGCGGUGCCGACAAGGGACUGAAGGACAUCGAUGUGCCAGUCAAUUACAGCACACCAGUCUCGAAGUUCAACACGUACAACAGCUAUGCCACCGUCGAAGAGCGGCCUACCAUGGACAGCCUGCUCAACGAGCUGGACAACGCCCACAUCUACGCCGUGCCCAAUGGAUCUGGGCACAAAUCCCCAACGCCCGGACGCCAUGUCACCAUCACGGUACGCGAAACAAAGACGGAGAAGCUGACAGGACCCGAUGGUCCAGUUGGCACGCUGGAGGAGCAGACUGUGCAGCAGAAAGAUUCGUAUACACAGAACAGUGCUGGUCCGGGCAUUCAGCAACAACAGCAGCAGCAUCAGCAUCAGGCGUACACGUCGCAGGCCACCAAGGAACUUGACGACCUUAUGGCCUCGCUUUCCGAAUUCAAGGUCAGCAGCAACGGAACGAACGGCACAGGCGGACAAUACCCGAACUCUAGCCCGCAGCAGCAGCACACAUCGACGGUGCAGCACCAGACGGUAACGGACUACGCCAGACCGAACAAGGGCAGCCAGCAGGCACAUCUCACGCAGACGAUCGAGGAGACGACCAUCGUCGAGGACAGUCGCGAGGAUCAGUUGGAUUCUAUGCUAGGAAACCUACAGGCAAACAUGAGUCGCCAAGGAGUCAACACAGUGCAGAAGGGCUGCUGCAAUGCCUGCGAGAAGCCGAUCGUCGGCCAGGUGAUCACCGCCUUGGGCAAGACCUGGCACCCGGAGCACUUCACGUGCAACCACUGCAGCCAGGAGCUGGGCACCCGCAACUUCUUCGAGCGCGACGGCUUCCCCUACUGCGAGACGGACUACCACAAUCUGUUCAGCCCGCGCUGCGCCUACUGCAACGGCGCCAUUCUGGACAAGUGCGUCACCGCCCUGGACAAGACCUGGCACACGGAGCACUUCUUCUGCGCCCAGUGCGGCCAGCAGUUCGGCGAGGAGGGCUUCCACGAGCGCGACGGCAAACCCUACUGCCGCAACGACUACUUCGAGAUGUUCGCCCCCAAGUGCAACGGCUGCAAUCGGGCCAUCAUGGAGAACUACAUCUCCGCUUUAAACUCGCAGUGGCAUCCCGAUUGCUUUGUCUGCCGGGACUGUCGACAACCCUUCCAGGGUGGAUCGUUCUUUGACCACGAGGGACUGCCCUACUGCGAGACGCACUACCAUGCCAAGAGAGGAUCGCUCUGUGCCGGCUGCUCGAAGCCCAUCACCGGACGCUGCAUCACGGCCAUGUUCAAGAAGUUCCAUCCGGAGCACUUCGUUUGCGCCUUCUGCCUCAAGCAGCUGAACAAGGGCACGUUCAAGGAGCAAAAGGACAAGCCCUACUGCCACGUCUGUUUCGACAAGAUAUUCGGUUGAUAUUCGCAGAGUCCGUCGGACCGCAGCUGCCAAACUAUUCACUAGCUAUGGAUAUACACACACAUAAAACUGUUUUUAUACGAUUUACGACCACCCCGAACCCCGAACCCCAACCCAUGCACAGCCCAACACCCAACCCAAAAC